UGUUAUGAAUCCCAAAAACCCCGCCAAGACCAAGAGUUGCAUUGCAGCCGCGAAAAAACGCCCGUGAAGAGUGGAGCGGCAACGUCGCAUAAGCUGCAAUGGUGGAGUUUGCACACUCCGAUCCAGGCCUCUGGAGUGAAGCUCUUUCUUCUUAUCCUUCUCAAAUCGAAGCCUUAGGCAAGCCGAAUUUGGUUUCUCUGGAUGAUUUUUACAGGAACGAACUCCCUCCUCUUCUCCACAAGCGAAACCCUAGCCCUUACAUCACUACUUCCGAGCUCUCAAAACUUAUGCAAUGGAAGCUCACUCGCGGAAAAUGGAGGCCGCGGCUAUUUGACUUUGUUUCAUCAUUGGAUGAAUCGCUCGUCAAAUUGGCCUCUCAGAAGGCCUUCCAAUGCCUUCCUGAUAUUUCCAAAGCCGUGUCUGAGCUUACUCCGCUCAAAGGCGUCGGUCCGGCUACGGCCUCGGCGGUUCUGGCCGCCUACGCGCCGGAUGUUGCGCCUUUCAUGUCCGACGAGGCUAUGGAAGCGGCUCUUGGCAACUCCAAGGAUUAUUCAUUGAAGCAAUACCUAACCUUCGCAAAAAAGUUGCAAGACAAAGCCAAGGAAUUAAGCUCAGAAGGACAAAUUUUCACGCCAUCUGAUGUAGAGAGGGCUUUGUGGAGUACGGCAAUAGGGGAAAAGGUGAAGGGUUCGCAAUCACAAUUAGAUCCCAAGAAUGGAGGCAAAGCAGGCGCCAAAAGAAAGAGGAAAACUUGAUUGAGGUUCUCGCGUCCCCCUUUUCUCUAUAGUUGGGGCGUUGCCUAACAGCUCAUUGAUCAAACUUGCUCUUCUUCCAUAGAUUUAGGACGAGUUUCAAGUGCUUAUUUGAAACUUCUUUACAAAUAUUUUACUUUUUGAAUGUAAAUUUAAGGACUUAUGACAUGUUUGGAUUGAUGUUCUA